CGUCAAUAUUGUAUAUCUCAGAGGAUACUGCAGAGUAUACAGCAGGGUAGCACUAUGGCAACGGCCCAUGCCGAAUACUAGCUGCGUUGGAUAUUGGCUUGCGGAGUCAUGGACGACAGUGAGCGACGAUAAAGAACAGAUGUGACGCUGGUUCGGAGAAUUCUUCCUCGUUCCCCAUUCAUGCUCGCCAUCCUCGUCACCCUCCUCGUCAUCUUCCUUGUCGUCCUCGUCGUCGUCUCCGCCCGCCAUAGCCUGUGCCAUCCAUACCUUCUCGCGGGACAACAGCUGUCAAAACUACCCUGCGCAAGAGUAUAUCCGUCCGAUAUCAUAUGUACCGUUCUGUACAACAAGUAUACGGGCUGUCGCUGUUGGACCGCCAAUAAUUACUCUCCUCGGCAGAUUCGAGGCUUCGAGUGGCGGCUGUACACGCCUCAGACAUGGCUUCAAGGCGGGCUGAAGCUGGCCGUAUGAGAACUCCUCGUCUGGAAUCCUUCGCGCCUCGCAAUUCCCACAACCCUAGCACAUCCAAUCUUGACCCCCAUCCGUGUCUCACUCCUCUAUACGAGGUACGGCGUUCGAGUUGGAGCGUCGUACAGAGACGCUGUCCAUGACUCUCUGCGAAGAAACGUAUCGAUACCGAGAGAGUGGAUCGCAACGCCCAGGGUGAUGUGAUAUCAGGGAAGACGGACAUUAUCACCGCUCGUCCCUUUGCAUAUCUUCCCCAAUGUCCCAAUGCGUAUGCGGGGGCAUACAAACUUGGCCAUCGCAACAGCAGGAUCCCACUGGAAUGCUACUAUGCACUUCCGCAUUGGGCCAGUCCUGAUGGGAAUACCAGGGCCUCGCGCCAAAGAUGGACUCAUGUCCGUACCGGAAUCUCCAUUGAGUCGUACAUGUUUUAAACAAUGUGACCCCGAUGUGCAUGGAGGGUAAAGCUUCAACAUAUAGCACUUGCAAUAUAAGAAUUCGGCAGUUAGUUAUCAGUAUCUCAACCUCCCUCGUCCUUGUAAAUAGCCAACUCUUCUGGACAAGCCAACACGGUGACCCCAAGGGCAAGGGUGAGCUGAGCAAUAGCUACUUUUGUUAUCGAAUGGUACCACCACAGGGCCCCCACGCGCCGGGGCGCAAUCACAGUUGUCCCCGACGCACAGACAAGGCGACUUCAUCACUAGCUUCAGAAAACGAGUAUCAGACUGUCAAAGCUGCCAAAUCUUCAGCGCUGUUGGUUUGUUAGUACAAGUUCUUACUACGAGAAACUGCUACUGCACAUGCACCGGGACGCCCGCAUAUCAGCUUGAGUCACGUGCUCACGCCUAUCAAACGCCAUUCCUGAUUUGUAAGCACAAUAACACCCAAGCUCCAGCCUCGCGAGCUCCAACUGAGCAACGAUCGAUUGAAAAAGCAAAUAUCAUCUCAGCUUCCCCGAUACCCCAACCAACACAUUGUAAACCCUGCCGACAGCAAGCUGCAGCAGAGCAAAAGCAUCCAUCCCAGCACUAAAGAUAUACACCGCCUACGUACCCCGCACUCUCACGGGCGCCACGAACUCCCCAGAACCCUGAUUCGCCUCGACUGCACCUAUCAAGCUAUCAGUCACACACACCUGCAUACCCUGAUCUUUGCGCCACGCCAUCACACCCUCGACCGCGCCAGGCCCAAGAGAGCGCAAUAAGGCGACGUGUUUCUCUCCAACACAAUCUAUUCCGAUCACCUCUCUAACUCCCAUCCACAUCCACCAUGGCCACAGCAGCGCCCUCCCCCGACGUCGCCGCCCCCCCCAUGGCGCCAUACACAUUCGCCUUCUCCCCCUUCCUCCUCCGCACCUACCGCUUCGGAGUCGACCCCUCGCGCCCCCCCUGCAAAGCCUACGCCGCCGGCCACUGCCCGCUCGGCGCGUCGUGUCCCGACCGCCACAUCGCCGCGCCGACAGGCUCGAACUACAAUAACCUAGUGUGCAAACAUUGGCUGCGCGGGCUGUGCAAGAAGGGGGAGCACUGCGAGUUCCUGCACGAGUACAACCUGCGGCGCAUGCCGGAGUGCAGCUUCUUCGCCAGGAACGGGUAUUGCAGUAAUGGCGAGGAGUGCCUGUAUCUCCAUGUCGAUCCAGAGAGCAGGUUACCCGCGUGUGGGUGGUAUGAUAGGGGGUUUUGUCCGCUGGGGCCGAGGUGUGCGAGGAGGCAUGUGAGGAGGGAUUUAUGUCGGUUUUAUUUGGCGGGGUUUUGUCCAGAGGGGAAGAAGUGUCCGGAGGGGGCGCAUGCGAGGUGGAAGGCGGAGGGGGAUUUGGAGGAGUUGAAGGUGAGGGUUGUGAGGGAUCCGGCGGAGGUGGAGGAGGAGAUAAGGUUGAAGAGGGAGGAGGCGGAGAGGGAGGAGGAGAGGGAAAGGGAGAGAUUUGGGGGAGGGAGGGGGGGAAGAGGAGGAAGAUGGAUGGGAAGAGGUGGCGGUGGGUUUGGGGGAGAUGCGAGGAGGCAGAGGGGGAGGGGACAUAUGCAUUGAGGGGCAUGAUAUGGUUGGUGGCGGCAGCAGGUUGCGGAUACGGACUUGUACGUGCUACCAACCCGAACGGAAAAUCCAAAGCCAGGCCAAGAAUACCGAGUUCGAAAGUCGGUAUCCAAGAGCAACGUGCGGUGCCAGAUGGUCUGGAAACCAUCCCCUAUGUUGUGGGUUCCUCUCGAUCUAGAGGAAACAAAGCACACAUUGGGCGGCGAAGUCAUACUGUACCAGCGUUAUGUAGAUACCAUCAAAGGCGUAUUAGGGAUAUAUACACGGGGAAAUAAAUGAGCGCCUGGUGCCCGGUAUGGGCUAUUAUAAUAAUGUAAAAAAUAUAACUUUCACAUGCCCA